AUGAGCUCGACGGGCCUCGACCCCGCGGACGAGGAGGAGCUCCUCCUCAUCAUCUCCGGCCUCGGCCUCGCCAACGGCGGCGACGGGGGCGAUGAGUACAUGAUCGGCGCCGAGGCGAGCGAGUGCCUGAGCGACAUGCAGCGAUACCUGCGGCGCGACGACCCGCACGUGAUGGCGUGCCACCGCGCGCUGGGCCAGUGGCGCGUGCUGCAGACCCACCUCCUCCCCAUCCUGCGCGCCAACGGCACCGACCCGCAGCUCGUCUUUUCGGCGCUCAAGGUCGUCGUCAAGCUGACGAUGAAGCCGGAGCAGCUCGGCAUCCGGAUGGAGGACAUGCUGAAGGAGCGCAAGUCGCCGGACCCGAUCGUCGGCGCCCACCUCGACGAGCUCAAGACCUACCACCGCGCGUACACAAAGGCAUUCGCCGACGACGCGGCGAACCUGCGCGCGCUGGUCGCACUCAUCGCCCGCCCGCUCGCCACUGAGGAGGAGGAGAGGCCCGAGGAGGACCAGAUGAUCAUCGAGCUCGUCGUCGCCCUCCUCGUCAACCUGCUCCACACCCGCGCGCCCGACGCGCCUCCGCCUCCCCCGGGCGCCGCGCAGGCGGCCGCUGCGGCGGACGUCGAGACUCUCCGGCGCCUGCUCACCACUCUCGAGGCGGAGCACGGGCUCGAGCUGGUCGUGUACAUGCUGCAGCAGAUUGACGAGUCCGAGGCCUUCCGCGCCUGGAACCUGAACCUGCUCGAGCUGCUCCACUACGCCCUCGCCGCCACCACGCCGCAGGCCGUGUUCGGGCAAGAGUCGGAGGAGGCGGCCCGCAAGAGCGCCGCCGCCGCCGCCGCCGCCGCCGCCGCCGCCGCCGCUGCCGCCGCCGCCGCUGCCAGCGACGACACCACCCCGCCGGGAAGGGGCGGCGCCGGCCGCGCGGCCGCGGCAGAUGCGACGACGGGCCUUGGGCGGCGGACGACGGCGCCGCGGCCAGGCGGUCUCUCGACGCUGCUCGAGCAGCGGCAGGCGGAGCGGCGGACGCAGGCGAUGAGCCUUGAGUCCCGCCACGGCAACUUCGGCGGCCUCUUCCGCGUCAAGUCCGGACUGCUGUCGCCGGCCGCCUUCAUCAACAGCAAGCCAGAGGCGCCGCAGAAGCAGCCGACGGGCAGCAGCAGCAUCCCCGCGCUGCGCGAAAGCGGCAUGUUGACCUCAAUGGUCAUCCGGCGGUACAUUGCGCUGCUUCGCCACUUUGCGACGCUGCCGCCCGAGGUGGCCCACGCGGCGUGCAUGUUCCUCUCGCGGCUCGUCAAGCAGUGCGGCCUCGAGGCGAUGCUGUUUGAGCUGCAGCAUCUCGCGGUGUACGACGACGUACUGCAGAGCCCCGCGUCCAAGCUGCCGCAGCACAGGGAGGUGCGGGGCACGUGCGCCUUCGCCGCGAAGCGCUUCCUCGAGGUCGCGAGCCGCAACCCCGCCCUCUUCGUCGAGGCGCUCUUCCACAUCCGGCCGAGCGACUGCGAGCAGAUCGUCGAGGGAGGCUACGUGCAGCGCGAGGGGAGGGGCGACAAGCGGCCUCUGCCGGAGGAGGAGGCGGCCGCGGACGCCUUCGACGAGGCUGCCGCUGUCUCCGACGCCGACGGCGCCGACGGCGCUGCCGCGGCUGACUCGGGCUCUGCGCGCCGCAAGGCGCCGCGCCGGGCGGCGUGGAAGGAGAAGGAGGACGCGCUGCUGCGGUACUGGCACCCGCGCUACGUGCUCCACCGCGCCAAGAAGCUCCGCCUCUCCCCGGACGACGCUCCCGACUCGGGAUCGGAGCCGUCCGCGCCGUCGCUGCCGCCGUCGCUGCCGCCAUCUCUGCCGCCUUCGGACGACGAGGCUUCGGCACCUCCCUCGCUGCCUCCCUCGCUGCCGCCCUCGCUGCCUCCCUCGCUGCCGCCCUCGCUGCCGCCCUCGCUGCCGCCCUCGCUGCCUCCCUCGCUCCCGCCUUCGGACGACGAGGCUUCCUCCGACGAGGACGCUGCGAUCGGCGCGGCACUGCCGGCCGCUAAGCGAGAGCUGGACGAUGGCGAGCUGCCCCUCUCUCCGGCCGGCGCACCCGCGACCGCAGGAGCGACGGCCGCCGCCACGGCGGCGCCCGCCUGGGACGCCUCCGACGCGGAGAUGGAGGAGGCGCAGACCAUGGCGUACGCACCCGCGACCGAGGCUGCCGCCGCCGGAGGUGCAACCGCGGGCACGGAGGCGGAGGCGGCGGCGGCGGAGGAAGAGGAGGAGGAGGAGGGGGAGGAGGAGGAGGAGGAGGCGUCCCAGCCGGCGCCUGCCGCCAACUCGCAGCCCAAGAAGCCGCGCCGCCGCGGCGUGGUGCUGAGCGACGACGAGUCGGACUAA